AUGCGGGUUAUUAUAUACGUGCUCGUUGUAGCUGUUUGUGUUAGCGCACAGAGUAAUCAGAUCAGGCGUACGAAGCUUCCAUAUGUAGCUGACGCGGUUGGAAAUAGUCUCCCUCCUCCAUCGAGUGGCCCUGCAACCGUUGGCAGUCCUGUUAACUUACUGACCCCAGAUAAAUAUGAGUUUUAUACAUUUGAUGAAUCCGGCGAACUUGUUAAAAGGCUAAUGACCUUAGAAGAAAUACAGGCGAUAGUAGCGGCAGGAGAAGAAACAGACGGUCUGGUUACAUUCGCUAAUGAUAAUUUACCGACAUUAACAUUUAACUUUAGUCAACCUUCACAAACUAAAGUACAUAAUGUUGUUGCCAAUGUUCAGAAUGUUCUUAAAGCACAAAUGGAAGCCCAUAAAAAUAAACCGUACAUUCAACCCACUUUAGACACACCAGACGUGUCAGAUUCUUGGAGUCUGAUAUUGCCAUCGAUAUUUGGUAAUACUGGUAUGGAUAUAGUCCCAGAUAAACUAUCAGAUUCUUUUAUCACGCCAGAAACAGAAACAAUCGAUAUCAAUGGUUUCAAUAAGGAAGGCGUAAACUCUCUAAGUAAGGAAAGCAACGAUAUACCAAUGAAUCCAAAUUCAGAGACGAAUAAAAUACCAGUAGUUGAAAGUACUACCGAAAUACCAUCAACUACAAAAAAACCUUUAGAAACAACAACAUUGCCGACGACGACAACCACAACACAAAAACCCAUUUCAACAACAGCACAGGAAAUUUUAACUACAACUCAAAAGCCGUCUUCAACUACUGCGAGGCCAACUACAACUAGAAAAAUCAAUUUAGAAGCAAAACCGAUGUAUAAACCUAAAGAAAAUUCAACAGAUUCAACAAAAAACUCCAAUGUUACUGAACAGUCCAAAAUUACGUCAACAAAACAACCAAUUACUGCCACAUCAAGUGAAGGAACGCCUACCAAACAAGUUCCUAUAGUUCUAAGCCUAAGCGAUAAUUUCAAUAAGACACCUACGAAAAAGUCUAAUAUUACCAAAACAAGUACCAAUACUGUUGCAGAUAUAAAGCAAUCCCACGAAGAAGGAAAUUAUAUUCCGGUUUCUACAGUGUCAUAUGUAACGGAGAGUUCUACUAAAAUAAUUAUAAUGAGUAAUAAGUAUCCAAUGUCUAGUGAAAAUUCUUUAGAAGUUCAAAAAACUACAAUUCUCACCAGCACAAACAAACCUAUUGUAGACAAAGACAAGGAAUUUGAAAAACAAAAUGCAACCACUAUGACUACUCAAUCUAUUUCUCCUUCAACUUCCAUAUCUCCCACGGAAUUUGCAUCAACCUCGAAACAUGAAUCACCGAGCAAUUUUGAACAAAAAAAUCCGUCACCUUUUGAUACUCAAAACUAUAACUCAGAUUCUACCAUACCUUUGUUUGAUGUUGCACAAAGCUUAAGUCAAAUAGCCUCAGAUUUGAGUGGAAAUUUCUCCCCAGUUCCAACAUCCACAAACUUAUUAGAAACAACUAAAAUUAACAAUAUAGAUAUCGAGAGUAAGGAGAAUUUAGAAAUAGAUAUACCAACGGAACCAAGUGUCGAAUUUGACGUCAAAGAAAAUAAAACUGAAGAAGUGGAUAAGUUUGUAAAAAUUUCUACUUUUGAACCUGCUGCAAACGGUGUAAAUGCUAAGGAUGAAGUUCCAAAUUCAUCUCAAAACUCAAACAAUUCAUCAGAGCUUAAACCACCUGUAACGUCAUCUCCUCCACUUAAUAACAUGGACACUCUUUUAUCAGAAUCAAUGGAUAAUCUUCUUUCUCAAGUCGCUAACGAAGAUCCAGAUUCCACGACUGUUGUGUCUGAAAAUAACAAUGAAAAUAAUGAUAUUACCACAACAUCUCUUGAUCUGACUACAGUAAACACUUUUAAUCUAGAAACGACUACAGAAAAUUAUCAGACAGAGAUAACAACGAAUUCUCCAAUAACCAGCAAUGAUAUUAUAACGGAAAAGAAUAAUGAUAAUGAGGAAAUAAAUCGAAAAGAAACUCCUUCAGAACCACUGUUAUUAUUAAAUUUAAAUAAUACGUCAAAAACAAAAACAAACAUUGUUCUUGCAUCUGAAUCUGUAACUACUGACGCUAUGUCUAUUCCAAAAGAUAAUGUUCAAGUAACUACUAGAGCUCCUAUGAAUCAUUUACAACAAGAAAGUUUAAUGGUGACCAAUGACAACCAACAAACUACUAGCACUAUUAAAAUUACUAGUUCUGUUAACGAUAUUAACACAACGAACGUACCACAUACGACCCAAGAAACAAAUAAAAGCAGCAAUAUAAAUAAACAACAAAAAAUAUCCGAGGAGUUACCUAAAAUCGAAGAUUUUAAGAAAAAAAUUCAAAAAGUCAACAUCGAUGACAAAGAGUUUUCUAACGAGAGGAAUAGUUCUUGGAAACUGGUACCUACAGUCGUUAAAUUAAGUGAACUUGCAAAAGACAAACAUAACGUAGAAGGAUUUUACACUCCCGAUAAUGACAAAGAUAUAGUUUUGGAAUUUCCAAAAGAAAAUCAAGGUUUAGAAGUAACCACGAAAGAUUUGCCUGACGAUAUAAUGGAAUUCACGGAGCUUUGUAACGAAUUGGCUUUUAAAUACUGGAAUAUUAUGACUGAAAAGAUAGAUAAGAAACGUAGUAUGGUCUUCUCACCAUAUUCUAUAACUUCUAUGGCUGCCAUGAUGUUCAUGGGAGCAAAAGGAUCUACAUCAGGGGAAAUGAACGAAGUGUUGAAACUAGAUGACAUGGUUACAUUUAAUCCUCAUUUCACAUUGAAGAAUAUCUCCGAUUCAAUAGACACUGCACCUUCUUCGGGCGUGGCUGUCUCAGCGUUUAUAAGAGAACUGUACAGUGAAAGAAAUAAGGGGAAAUUCUUAACAUUCUAUAAAGAGAGAGCUCAGCAUUUCUACAACGGACAUGUAGAGGAAGUAAACUUUAAAUUGAUCAGCGAUAUAAUAAGACGAAGAACUAAUUUACUCGUGAAAAGAUAUUCCUGGGGUAAAAUAUCAGAAUAUAUGAAGAGUAACAGCAUUGUUAUGAACCCACCUCUAGCGGCUUUUGCAGCUAAUAUAUUUUACACGGAUUGCAACGGAUCGUCAGUUGAAGGUCGGGAUGGUGAGAUGUACUUCGUUGUAUCACCGAGUGUGAGACAGCGUCGUUUAGUUCCUGUUCCGGCCGUGGUUUAUCGCGAAGACUUCCUCGCUGGGUAUGAUCCUGUACUUGAUGCUACAGCAGCAGCAUUAGGUAACACCAAAUCUAUCAUCAGCACUCUCUUCCUCAUGCCCGGACAGCAAGGAAACAUCGUUCAUUCUGACGACUUGGAGAAUCUAGAGAAGAGGUUAUUGAAAUCUGAUCCUAUAACACCAGCUUGGAACAGAUUAUUGCGUACUUUACUACCUAGGUUCGGAUUGGAAUUGCAGAUACCUAGGUUCUCGCACAAAUCUGUAUUCAAUGUAUCAUCGACGUUACAACGUAUGGGAUUAAAGGAUUUGUUUAGUGAGGAGCAUGCUGAUCUAGGUGGAUUGAACGGUCCAUCGAAGGAUCUUUAUCUUACUGAUAUGAUUCAACAAACCUCAUUCGCUACUUGUGGGGAAGGUAUCAUUGCUGAGCAGCAUCAUAUAGAAGAAUAUCCUGAUACUAUCGAAGUUAGAUCGAAACGUAGGACGUCUAGAUGGAAUGGCUGGGGCGAGCCUAGAGAUUACCAACGAGCUUUCCACGAUCCUCACGACGCUGGUGAAGCGAUGUACUUACCAUUGCAUCUACGACCAAGACAGGCAAGACUCCCUACAAGGAGUUCCCAACCGGCCAGAUUAAAAUUCGAUCGACCAUUCUUAUACUUCGUGAGACACAAUCCUUCUGGAAUGAUCCUUUACGUAGGCCGUUACAAUCCCAGGCUCUUACCUUAA